AUGGCGACGAAGCCAUUCGCGGACGAAUUGCCUACCGUAAAAUACGUUAGCCUCUUAACCGAUGAUGUCCAAUGCCCUAUUCGCGUACCAACCACCUAUCCUGAAAUGCGCCAGCCCCCUUUUUUGGCUAGGAACAAAAAGUCCUCCAUAGGACUUCGGAGCGAAAUGAGCACUGCUACACGAGUCCUUCCACUAUCACACUAUCUCACCGCAUCCGCCCAACUUACUACUAACUUCAACUCCCCCUUCUGUCCAGCGGAACUGGCAGAUUAG